CCUGGGCUGUCAUUGCUUGCUGGUGGGGAAGUGCAGCGGUAGUUUUACUGACCCACCUUCCCUUCGUGCUCAGUGGCUUUUGUGGAGCUGUACUAAGCCAGGAGCCUUGUGUGGGAGCUGAGCCCUCCACCUUUCAAACAAACAAAUAAGCAAACUGGAAGGGGCAGGAGAACUGGCUGAAAUAUUGAAGCAUUAUCAGUAUCUUGCCAUGUUUCUCGUGCAGUAUGCAGGCUUAAACCAUCUGUCCUUUGACCCUGCCAGCAACAGCAAAUCUCUGCAGUUCAGCAGUACAAGUGGUGCACGGGUGUUGGAAAGCCCAACUGAGAAUGGAAAUGAUCCGGGCAAGAAGAGGAAGAGAACAAACAUUCCUCCAGCAGAUAGUGGCAGAAGUCUAAGCCUAGACUCCAUUCCGAUGGGUUUGCCAAUGUCAGACCCAACUGCCUGGGCCACUGCGAUGAACAAUCUAGGGAUGGCUCCCAUGGGAAUGACAGGACAGCCCCUCCUGCCUGAUUUUGAUCCUGCUCUUGGGGUGAUGACCGGAAUCCCUCCAAUCAACCCCAUGAUGCCAGGCUUGGGGAUAGUCCCUCCUCCCAUUCCUCCAGAUAUGCCUGCUGUGAAGGAGAUCAUUCACUGCAAAAGCUGCACCCUCUUCCCACCUAACCCACAUCUGCCCCCUCCAGCAACAAGAGAGAGGCCCCCAGGCUGUAAGACCGUGUUUGUUGGAGGACUGCCAGAAAAUGGGACUGAGCAGAUCAUUAUGGAAGUGUUUGAACAGUGUGGAGAAGUCAUAGCUAUUCGGAAGAGUAAGAAGAAUUUCUGUCAUAUCCGCUUUGCUGAGGAAUUCAUGGUGGACAAGGCACUUUAUCUUUCUGGCUAUCGCAUCAGGCUAGGCUCCAGCACCGACAAGAAGGACACUGGGCGCCUGCAUGUGGAUUUUGCACAGGCUCGGGAUGAUCUGUAUGAGUGGGAAUGUAAGCAGCGGAUGCUGGCAAGAGAGGAGCGCCAUCGUAGGAGGCUGGAAGAGGAACGCUUCCGUCCGCCCUCCCCACCUCCUGUUGUCCAUUACUCUGACCACGAGUGCAGCAUCAUUGCUGAGAAACUAAAAGAUGACACAAAGUUCUCAGAAGCUGUACAGACCUUGCUAACCUGGAUAGAGCGUGGAGAAGUGAACAGAAGGACUGCGAACAACUUCUACUCUAUGAUUCAGUCGGCCAACAGCCACAUUCGCAGAUUGGUAAAUGAGAAGGCAGCUCACGAGAAGGAGAUGGAAGAAGCUAAAGAGAAAUUCAAACUUGCUCUCUCAGGGAUUCUGGUUCAGUUCGAGCAGAUAGUGGCCGUGUACCAUUCUGCCUCCAAACAAAAGGCUUGGGACCAUUUCACGAAAGCUCAGCGUAAGAACAUCAGCGUGUGGUGCAAACAAGCAGAGGAAAUACGUAACAUUCAUAAUGAUGAACUAAUGGGUAUUCGAAGAGAGGAGGAAAUGGAAAUGUCUGAUGAAGAAAUAGAAGAUCCAUCGGAGAUGAAAGAAACAGAAGAAUCGGCACUGGUGUCCCAGGUGGAAGCCCUAAAAGAAGAAAACGACAGUCUGCGCUGGCAGCUGGAUGCCUACCGGAAUGAGGUGGAACUGCUAAAGCAGGAGCACGGCAAAGCAAGCAGGGAUGAAGACACAACCAAAGAUCAGCAGCUGAAACUUCUCCAGCAGGCUCUGCAGGGAAUGCAGCAGCAUCUUUUGAAAGUGCAAGAUGAAUACAAAAAGAGAGAAGCUGAGCUAGAAAAAGUGAGAGAAGACAAACUAAAGAUAGAAACAUUGCUAGAAACCCUUAAGGAGCAGCAAAGCACAGCAGAUGAAGAGGACAAGGAGAGAGAUGCUACUGAUGGCCAAGGGAAUGAGAACAGUAUGUCCAGAGUUUGUGCAUGCAGUCAGGAGAAGGAAGGUCCAGUUGAGAAGAUGCUGAACAAUAGUCCUGUGAAAUCUGAACGAGAAGCUCUGUUAGUUGGAAUAAUUUCAACAUUUCUUCAUGUGCACCCGUUUGGAGCAAGCAUAGAGUACAUCUGUUCCUACCUGCAGCGCCUGGACAGCAAAAUUUGCACCACCGAAGUGGAAGGUCUCAUGACCAGACUUCAAACUACGUUCAAACAGGAGCUGAGUGGGGUUGGGGCCAGUUUAGAGAAAAAAUGGAAGUUUUGUGGUUUUGAUGGGUUGAAAACGACUUGAGCUUCAGCUGAACUGACUUAACACUGAAAACAACAGCAGGAUGUGUGUGUCAAGAACUUAGGAUGCCUCUUACCUCUGUUUAUGACGAUUAUCUUGCACGCAUAGGGUAAUAUGUAAGUGAAAUUUUAAGUCCAGAGUAGCUCUAGAAGAAACUUGAAGUGCUGGAGCUUCUUUGAUCAGUUAUUUUGUUAAGAAGCAAAGUGCUGUUUGAUACAUUUUGUGUACAGAGUCCAUGUCUGAUAUUUUUAAGCCCAUUGUGUUGACCAUAUGUUUUGCCAAUGUUGUAUGUGCUGUGUGCGCCUAAGUCUCUCAUCCUGUACUUUCUUUUUACUGGUAGGAACAGCCAUAGACUGUCCACUGAAGCACCAACAAAAAAUAAUUUUCUGGUUUCUAGAACCACCCAGAGGGAAAAAUGACUUUUUUUAGACAUUUAUUUGACAAAAAAUGAGGUGUGUUUAAACAGAAAAAGACUUAGUUGGCUCAGAGUCCCUAUGAGCCUAACAGUCAGAUCUUUUUCUCUACUGAAGAUUUAACUGUUAAGCUAAUGUGAAGGCAGUGUCACUAGGAGUGUGAUUAUGGUGGUUUCUCUGAGGGUUUGUGCAUUGCAGGACCAGUCUGUAAAUCAUCUUCAAUGUAGGAGGUGUAUUUAAUUUUCUACUGAUCUGGGUAGAACAAAGGGCCUACGUCAGACCUGUAUUUUUCUAACAGCUUACCAUCAAAUUUCUCCAUCCACUUCGUUUUUGAGACUGAGCUUCGGAAAGUGCUAGAAAACAGCACAGACUUUUUUCCUCCUGAAUCUUCCCCAAGGCUGUACCUCAUGUUCUCAGUAAGCAUCAGGCUCCCCAGCCCUCUACAGAAGGUUGGUAAGAUAUAGGGUAAAAUGCUUUAAAAAAAAAAACACAAAAAGUCUAAAUCCAACCAAGCAAACAAAACCGUACUCUGUGAUCAGAGAGAGCUCUGGCAGUGGAUGCCUUCUGGAGCUUUAGAACCUAGUGAGAGAUCUGCACGUAGCUCAUCUUGGCGCAGGCAGCAGAAAUGGGUGGAACAAACCUUUCUGUUGGGACCAGGCUUCCCAUGGGGGGUGGGGGGGGAACUACCUGCUCACUUCUGUUCCAGACACUGAAGGACUGCUACACUGGAAGCAUAUGAAAACCCUUUUUAAUAAUUCUGAAUAUUUGUGUCACUACAGGUGAACAUUGUAUUUUUAAGGAAUAAACAUUUUUAAUGUUCA